CGAAUAACAUCUCUUCCUUUCUCUCAAAUGGCCUUCAGCUCUACCCUCACUUACGGGCGCUCGCUGCCGGCAGAGAUCUGCCUUAUGCUCUGCGAAAUGCUCGAUAAACACACGCUUUCGUCGCUGACCGUGUUGUGCAAGGCAUGGAGGGACCUGGCGAAUGGUCCUCUAUGGAGAACUCUGCCGUCUCUUACUCCACUACUGAAAUUGUUUCCGGAAGACUCGCGUGCGAGAACAAGGUUCUUUUCAGACGACGUGAAAUUCAUUCGCACUUUGACCGCACAAGACUGGGAUUUGGUCCUGACCAGAUCUUGCCUGGUCAAGGCGAUUGAUGCGAACAUGGUUCCGGAAAUCCGGUUCUCUCAAAGACGUUACAAUGAUUCCGUCGCAGAGGCGCUAAGCGCUUGCCCGUUACCCUCGACUUUUCUCCCGCGUCUUAAUUGGCUUGUCCUCCCCUACGACGCCUUCGCACCAACCAACAAGUCGGAGGCUGCCUACUUGACCUUGCUAUCGCCUCAAAUUCGCACUUUUGGGAUCUCCAAUCGCUUUCUGAGCGGCAAGAAUACUGAGUGGGACAUUUCAUCGCUAGACAAGAUCGUGCGAGCCUGUCCCAAGGUGUCUCGUCUCUCUUUCGGUGUUCUUGUUCCUGAGCAGGCGCUAUGUCCCGCUCUCGGUUCGUGGACCUGCUUGAAUGCAGUUCAGGUGAAAGUGCCAGAGCACUCCGACUGCGGACGCAUCCUCGAGGCUCUUUACAACCUUCCCGCUCUGCGUUCGGUGGCACUGUACCUUUACAAUGUAAAGCAAGCCGUAGAGAUGCCCUCCGCCUCCAAUGAGUCGCCACCAUUAGAGGCGCUCACUCUGACAGCCGCGACGAGCUCCUUGUGUUGCGCGAUCAUGCAAUACUUUGGCAUCCGCCAUAUGAAGUCUCUGAGACUCUGGUGCAUGGGAGUAGAGCACUUGGGGCCCGAACAUACAGACGAAGCCUUGUUUGAAGAAAUCCAGCAGGUCAUGCAGUACAUCGGCAGCAACGGCUCAGCCAACCUAAGCCACGUUGAGGUCGAGCUCGACAACCAGGAGACUGAGCUAGCUUUUGAGCUCCUGUCUACCCUUGCCCCACUGUCCGGGAUGGAGCAUUUGACACUCUCUGGGGGUGCCUCGGACAUCAAUGAUGCUGACUGCGAGACCUUCGCGCGCUGGUGGCCUUCAUUGCGGAUCUUCCAUCUUAAGGCCUCCCGAAGAUUUGAUGAGUGUGUUGGCUGCACGCUAGACGCGCUUCUCCCUUUUGCGGAGCAUUGCCCUGACCUGCAGUCACUGACGCUGCCCAUCAAUGCCACCAAGAGCCCCCCUCUUAUCCGUCAACCCCUGGAAAAUAGCAGCCUUACCUGCCUCGAUGUUCUACAUGGCGCGGAGAUUAUGAAUCACCGCCAGGUAGCGCUCUUUCUGUAUGAAUUGUUCCCAAACCUGGAAGAGAUCAGGCUAUCAAAGGAAGAGUCAGAUGACGAGGAGAAGGCCGAAACCAGUUGGCAGGAAAAGGACUGGUAUGCCGUUCAGGAGGCAAUCAAUGUAAUGAGGGACAAGGAUGAAGGAGUUACCUACCUCGUAUAG